AUGCUGCCAUUCCCUCUUGGCUUCGUGCAGCAACAGUGUGCCCCCGCUGCAGCCGUUGACUGGGAGGCAGCAGCAAAGCAGUAUUCUGCAUGUCGCGCCCCGCCGUCACAGCCGCAGUCGCAGCCUGAACACCAGCAGCAGCAACAACAGCAGCAGCAGCAGACAGAAGAUUAUGGGGGGAAGAGGAAGAGAGCGACGAAGGGAUUUAAAGAGAUGCCCAAUGAAACAGCCGAGACGGAUGACGUAGCUCCUCCUGAUACACCUGAAGGGGAGUUUCAAACACUGGCCUAUAGAUACGGAGAAGACGGAAUGCCAACAGAUAACAUCGGCUUUCUGCUGAAGAGGGCGGACCUCGCUCCCUAUUCAUACGAGGCCCUCCACGACCUUGGCCCCGAGAGGCUCGACGACUACGAAAGCGCGUUGGAGCGGCUCUUAGAAGAAUAUCCUCUUCUUUUUGGCUACUGGAAGAAACUCGCAAGGCUUCAGUGCCAUUUGAAAGGCGACUGGACCAAAUGUGACGAGGUAUUCGAGCGUUGUUUAGAGUUUGUAGGCCACAACCCGCUUGUGUGGACGGCCUACUUGGAGUGGGCUGGGGCCCACUGGAAGGCGUGGCCGCUGUGGCAGAGCAUUCUAGACUGGGAGGAGGGGGAGCUGUUUGCAGCCCGCGAGAGGGUCAACGCUGCUGAGCAUGUUGCGGGGCCCCUGGAGGCGAAGGAGGAGGAGACAGAGAACACAGACAGCAGCGCUCAGCCCCCUGCUGCUGGCACUAGCCUCGUAGAGACAAACCGCAUGCAAAUGAAACUGGCGCUGCAGCGUCUUCGGCAGCUGUAUUGGAAGCUGCUGCAGACCCCGCUGGAGUGCUCGGACUUGGCUUGGGAGAGGCUGAAGGCCCUGGUUGAGCGGGGCAGCAGCAGCAGCAUAAGAAGCAGGAGGGGCCCCCGUCCUGGCCUGCAUGCAGAUGCUGACGGGCUCACAAAGGGGGCCUCCACGCUCUUUGACGUCUAUGAUUUGCUUCCUGAUGAGCUGCUGCAGCAGCUGCUGCAGCGGCUGCUGCAGCAGAAAUCCGCAACGCUACAGGAACUUCAACUGCCACCUGAAACAGCAGCAAUGGAUCAGCAGCAGCUUUCUGAUGAUCCUGCUGCAGAACUCCAGCUGCCACCUGAAACAGCAGCAAUGGAUCAGCAGCAGCUGUCUGAUGAUCCUGCUGCAGUAAGAGACGCUAUCAAAGAGAGGGUCUCUACGCUCGCAUCCGUGAACGCGGUGGAGAAAGAAUGCUGGCAGCUGCUGAGGGAAAGCCUCGACAGUACACUGGAACUCGCGGCUCUGAGGCAGCCUUUUGAAAAAGCGGUCAGCAGCAGCAGCAGCAGCAGCAGCAGCAGCAAAAGCACAAGGAGCAGCAUCAGCAAAGCACGAGCAGUAGUAACAGCAGCAGCAGAAACAGCAACAGAAACACAGGCAGCAGCAGCAGAAAAGCACGAGCAGCCGCAGCAGCAGAAGCAGCAGCAGUAG